AUGGGCAGUCGAAACCAGGAGCAGCUUGGCCAACCCGGCCUCAAUCUCCUCGACGCUAGCAUUUCUGUGUUGCUGGAGGCCCUAAAUAAGCAACAAGUCACCAGCGUAGAACUUGUCGCCAAGUAUCUUCGCCGUAUAAGUGUCUAUGAUGCGGGCGGCUUGAAACUGAGUUCUAUCCCCAUUAUCAACCCAACUGUGUUCGAAGAGGCCGCUGCCUCGGACGCAAGACGGGCUGCUGGAGUGCCACCUCGGCCAUUAGAGGGCAUACCGUUUUUAGCCAAAGAUAACAUCAAGGUGAAAGGCAUGACGGUUGCAGCAGGGGCACCAGCAUUUGAGAAGCUAGUUGCAACAGAUGAUGCAGCAUGCGUGGCUCUCUUGCGAGCUGCUGGUGCCAUUGUUCUAGGCAGAACCAAUAUGCCGGCAAUGGCGAAUGGCGGCAUGCAGCGUGGUUCCUAUGGCAGGGCAGAGUCUCCGUACAAUCUGGAAUAUCUGACAGCAGCCUAUGCGUCUGGCUCCUCCAAUGGCUCUGCAACUGCAGUAGCAGCCAAUUUCGCAGUUUUUGGUCUUGGAACUGAGACUGUGUCUUCUGGUCGAUCUCCAGCAUCUAACAACGCUCUGGUGGCCUAUACACCUUCUCGGGGUCUCCUACCUCUGCGUGGAGUAUGGCAUCUGUAUCCGACCUGCGACGUGCUGGUUCCUCAUACACGCACCAUGGACGACAUGCUUCGAGUGCUAGAUGUUUUGUGCGUGUCUGACGCCAAUCCGUUCGGGGACUUUUGGAACGCACAGCCGCUGAUUCCUCUUCCUUCAGCGGAUGAAACACGACCUAAGAGUUUUCUUGAGUUGACAGAUACAAACGCAUUGCAAGGGAAGCGUCUCGGAGUGCCAACUAUGUAUAUCGGGGGUGCCACUCCGGUGCCCAUCGCGACCAGGCCUUCCGUUCUGAAGCUUUGGGAGCGCGCCAAGGCAAACCUCGAAGCAUGUGGUGCCACUGUUGUAGAGGUGGAUUUCCCUCUCGUCACAAAGUAUGAGGAUUAUGAACCAGACGGUGUCCAAUGGGCCAACAUUGAGAACUUGCCCCCAAAUUGGCUCUCUGUUGAACGGUACGAGCUCAUUGCCCAUGCUUGGGAUGACUUCCUUAUCGCAAAUGGUCAAUCUGGCCUCGAUACCUUAACUAAGGUCAAUCCUGAUUUAAUCUUUCCCCUUGAGCCUGGAUCUCUGCAGGGGGAAACAGAAGAAGACAACCAACUCAGCUGGCAAAAGGUCGUGGAUUAUCCGCAUACCAAAGCAAAGACCAUGUUUGACCUCCCUGGCAUGAAGCAAGGCCUUGAAGCAUUGGAAAAGGCGAGAAAAGAUACUCUCGAGGACUGGAUGGAAGCGCUCAAUCUGGACGCAGUGGUUUUCCCAGCAAAUGGGGAUGUUGGGCCUGCAAAUGCGGAUUGUGACGAGGAAGGCUGCCGGCUUGCAUGGCGCAAUGGUGUCUUGUACUCAAAUGGCAAUCUUCCGAUGCGGCACCUUGGUGUUCCCAGUAUUUCGGUGCCCAUGGGCAUCAUGGAAGAUACCAAGAUGCCAGUCAACCUUACCUUUGCAGGAAAGGCAUAUGAAGAUAGCCAACUGCUCCGAUUUGGCUACGCUUUUGAGGCUGCUACGAAGCACCGUGUUUUGCCCUCCCUUGUGCCGGCUCUGGAUUCUGACCUCGUUCAGUUCCGAGUAGUUAGCCAAAGCGGAAGAGUUGGUGCUGCCAGAGUGGGAUUGCCAAAAAUCGCAGUCCUCAAGAGGGCUAAGAAAUUUGAGGGUUCGACCGUCCACCUUCAUAUUCAGGGAACGCUUGAUGCUCAUGACAGCUGUGCCGUGGACUCUCUCUCCUGCUACAUCAAUGGGCAAAUGCAUCCCCUCAAGGUAGAGGGUAAAAGUUGGAAUAUCCAACUGUCAUAUCCAGUUUCGGAUAGAGAUAGGUCAUGGUCGCGCUGGACUAGCCCUGCUCUGACUCAAACAAUCACCAUCCUGGUUUGCCGCUUGGCUAAUGGGCAAACCGCUGGAGAGCUUGUUCUGCUUUAA